CAUCCGGAAGAUAUUACAACCAAACAUAUAUCAAAUUAUAAAGACGAGAUGUAUUUCAAAUGGUGGUUCUAUGCUGAUUACAAUUUUACCCUUACAACAUUGUGGUCUCCUUUUCUAGUGAAAUCCACCAGAGCUUACCUUAAUGAUACUUCUUUGGACAAUGCGGAAAAACUCUAUCUAGAUGAAGCAGAUCAAGCUUGGACUAGUCAAAUACAGAAUUUUGACUUCAUAAUUUUCUCAGGAGGACAAUGGUUCUUUAGGCCCUUAACAUUCAUCCAGAAUGACCAAGUUAUUGGAUGUCAAUUAUGUCAAAACAACACUCAACAUGACUUCCAUGGAUAUAGAGUAGCAUUUAGAACAGCCUUUAGAGCUAUUGUAAAUCUUAAAGGGUUUAAGGGGUUAACAUUUUUGGUGACACACUCUCCGAAUCACUUUGAGAAUGGAGAGUGGAACAAAGGUGGGGCUUGUAAUAGAACAAUGCCAUAUGCUAGCAUGGAAGAUGAGGUGGCAAUGCAUAUUCCAUAUGCACUAGAGGAGUUACAUCAAAUGCAGGUGGAGGAGUUUUUAGAAGCAGAAAAGGAAGCAAAGAAAAAGGGUUUGAAAUUUGUUCUGAUGGAUAUAACUGAUGCAAUGUUAAUGAGACCAGAUGGGCAUCCUAAUAAAUAUGGGCAUGCGAUUCAUAAAAAUGUUACCAUCAAUGACUGCGUCCAUUGGUGUAUGCCAGGACCUGUUGAUACGUGGAAUGAGUUUUUGUUAUAUUUGUUGAAAAUGCAAAUGUGA